ACACGACGACCAGUGACGGCACAGGCGCUAGGACCAUGCAGUCUCCAGACAGGCAAAGGAAGUCUCAAUCACAGCUAGCUAGCUAGCAGGCUAACAUUGGUAUCUGUAGUUUUCUGAGCGAACGGUAUGGAUUCAUAUAAAUAAUCGUUUGAUUGAGACCCAGCCAUGUCUCAGCUGGAGAAGAAGGCGGGGCUUCUGAGAAGGACGUCCUCCUCUAAGAAACCCCUGAAGGAGAAAGUGGUGCUGAUGUAUGAUGAGAUCUUUGCGAAAGAGGAUCCAGCCAAGAACAACUCCCGUUUCUGGGAUGAACUCUUCCUCAUGAAGGUGAAUCUGGAGUACCUGGAGGCCAAGCUGGAGUCUCUGGAUGGAGAUGAGGUGAUGAAGAUUAAAGACAACAUCAACAGUCUGUUCCACCACUGUGUUCAGGCUCUGGCAGAGGAGCACCAGAUCAAAGUGGUCAACGCCCUGCAGACUCUGUGUGCGUUGUUCCGUGGGGUUCACCAGAAGAACAAGUCAGCCUCGGGCUUCGACAUCAUCAACAUGCUCGUGGGCUUCGACAAGGCCGAGCUCCGCAUGAAGGACCUGAUGGAGAGUUUAGACAGCCUGCUGUGUGGGGAGGGUUCAGAAAGUCUCAAGGCCCUGUGUCUCAAACUACUGCUGUGUUUAGUGACGGUAACAGACAACAUCAGUCAGAACACCAUCCUAGAGUAUGUUAUGAUCAACAGCAUCUUUGAGGCCAUUCUGCAGAUCCUUUCAGAUGUGUCCACUAGAGGACAACAUGGUUAUGAUGCUGUUGUCCUCCUGGCUCUGCUCGUCAACUACAGGAAGUACGAGUCUGUGAAUCCCUACAUUGUGAAGCUGUCCAUAGUGGAUGAUGAACCAACCCUAGACGGAAUGGGUCUGGUGGUUGGCCAAGCCCUGACACAAUAUAACAGACAGUACAAAGACAAAGAGGAGGAGAACCAUGGAGGGUUCUUCUCUACACUCACCAGUAUGGUGGGCAGUAUGUUCAUUGCAGAUGCAGAUGAGAAGCUCUCAGUACAGACCAAUGAGGCAAUUCUGCUGGCGCUGUACGAGGCCGUGCACCUCAACCGCAACUUCAUCACAGUUCUCGCUCAGAGUCACCCAGAGAUUGACAUCCCGACCACACCCAUCACCCCUGUUCCGACCACUCCCACGACGCCGCUUGGCACAACCCCGCUCUCUAUGGACAUGAUGAACUCUUCAGAACUUCCCCUGGAUCCUAACCUUCAGACCAGUAACCUGCUCAUCACCUUCCUCAAGUACUCCUCCAUCGUCAUGCAGGACACCAAAGAUGAACACAGACUCAACAGUGCCAGACUCUGUCUCAUCAUCCUCACCUGUAUAACGGAGGACCAGUAUGCUGAUGCCUUUCUCCAUGACGACAACAUGAACUUCAGAGUCAAUCUACAUAGAAUGCCCAUGAGACACAGGAAGAAGGCAGCAGAGAAGAACGUCCCAUCCAGACCACUGGUGUGUGCUGUUCUAGAUCUGAUGGUUGAGUUCAUCGUAACUCAUAUGAUGAAGGACUUUCCUAUGGAUCUCUACAUGCGUUGUGUACAGGUGAUCCACAAGCUGAUCUGCUACCAGAAGAAAUGCAGAAUCAGGUUACACUAUACCUGGAGAGAACUGUGGUCAGCUCUGAUCAACCUGUUGAAAUUCCUGCUGUCCAAUGAGACCGUUCUGUUGGCCAAGCACAACAUCUUUCACCUGGCUCUACUGGUGGUGAAUCUGUUCAACAUGUUUAUAACAUAUGGAGAUACGUUCCUGCCCACCUCCAACAGUUAUGAUGAACUUUACUAUGAGAUCGUCAGGAUGCACCAGAUCUUUGACAACCUCUACUGCAUGGUACUGAGAGUGUCCACCAACGCAGGCCAGUGGAAGGAGCCUGCCAGUAAAGUCACACACUCACUGGUCAACGUCAGGGCCAUUAUCAACCAUUUCAACCCCAAGAUUGAGUCCUACGCUGCAGUGAACCACAUCUCCCAGCUGUCUGAGGACCAGGUAUUGGAGGUGGUUCGGUCCAACUAUGACACGUUGACCCUGAAGCUGCAGGAUGGUCUGGACCAGUUUGAGAGAUACUCUGAACAACCCAAGGAGGCUGCCUUCUUUAAAGAACUGGUUCGCUCCAUCAGUCUGAAUGUGAGGAAGAAUGUGUCUCUGAACACACUGAGUCAGGACCUCCUGCUCAAAGAGUUCUCCACCAUCUCCUGAGAGACACAUGUAUAGUCCUCACCCCCCCCCUGACCCUAUCUGACUACACACACACUCCUCUAUCUAACUACACACACACCUCUCUCUCUCCCCACCUGCCCUACACACACCACUCCUCCACUGCCUCACCUCUCUCUCUCCCCACCUGCCCUACACACACACUCCUCUAUCUAACUACACACACACCUCUCUCUCUCCCCACCUGCCCUACACACACCACUCCUCCACUGCCUCACCUCUCUCUCUCCCCACCUGCCCUACACACACCACUCCUCCACUGACCAAGCCCCCCACCCCAUGUUUGAGGAAAUGAUGCCAACUCCUCCAGAUACUGACGGACACCCCGGUCAACUGAUCCCCACCACACACCAUACUACUCUGGGGUUGAUCUGGCUGACUGUUGGGGUUUGUCUGGAAGUCUGUACUAUACAGUGUGAGUGGUUUCUGUCUUAAGAGAUGUGUGUGUGUGUGAGUGGUUUCUGUCUAAAGUGGUUUCUGUCUAAAGAGAUGUGUGUGUGUGUGAGCGCUAUUACUACAUUGUGUUUGUGUGUGUGUGUAUAUUGACAGAACUGUUACUAGACUGAUCCAUGCAAAUAUCCAAUCUCCUUCCCAAAUUGCACCCUAUUCCCUAUAUAGUGUACUACGUCUGGUAGUGCACUAUAACUUUUGGUAGUGCCCUAUAGAGGGAAUAGGGUGCCGCUGUGGGAGGCUGUCGUUGGAUUGAAUCAUUUUUCUUCUUUUGUUCUUGUUGUUGAUAAAAAACCCUUUUAGUUCUAAAAAUGUACAUUUGGUUGUUUGUUUUCUCUGCUCUGUUGGUUGGCCUUCCGUUACUAGGCAACCGAUCCAUCCAUGUCGUUUGACAUGAACGAACGAUCCGAGACAACCUGAGCUUGAUGAAUCAGACGUGGAAUUUAUUUUUCUCUCGGAUUCAGAAAAAAUAAGAAAAUGAAAGAAAUACAGACAAAAACAAGGAAA